AUGCUUAUUUCUUUUAAAUUUAUCACAUAUAUUAUAUGCCUAAUACUAUAUAAAAGUGUUACAAAUGCUUCAAAGCUUACAGGAGCUAGAAUUAUUGGACUUAUUCAGGCUUCUUCAGAGACAUUCUUGACUACCCGUGUCUUUAUUAGUGGAUACUUUGAUUCUGUACAGCCUAAUUCUAAAGGACACUUUGUAUUUGACAAUAUACCUCCAGGGAAGUAUAUUCUAAAAAUUACAAGUUCAGAAAAUAGAUACCCAAUAUAUGAAAUUUUAGUAAAUGAGAUACAAUUACAAGAAGGAAGUAUAUUUAAAGUAUCGGCUAGUUUAUAUAAUAUAGAAAGUAGAAUAGCUGAAGAAAAGAUACUCCAUCCUAUUAUUGUAACUCCAACGUAUUCAGUAUACAAUAAUGAGGAACAGGAAAAUAUAUUCACUACUAUAAUGGGUUUACUGAAAAAUCCUCUGGCAAUUAUUUCUAUUAUUUCUCUAUUUGUUGCAUUUAUAUUACCUAAACUACAAGAAGGAUUAGAUGCAGAAACAAUGGAAGAAUUAACAGGAAAUAUAAUUGGCGGUGAUUAUCGCUCUAAAUUCUUAUCUAAUAUUUCAACGUAA